UACUGCAGCUCAUAGUAGAGACACUGGAAGAAGGGGAGUGGCAAGCUAUAUGCGCUGUAGGAAGAACAAGUUGAUCAUAGACAAGGAAACUCGGCUCUCCAGUAACUUCCUUCGCGCGAGGAUCGGGAACAUCAAUUUCGACUUGGAGACGCGCUGUAAGGAAUUUUUCGAAGACAUCGCUAACCUGCGCGUCCCGGCCGAGCUGCUGCUGAAUCGCCCCGCACACGCCGGCGCUCGCUUCCCGUGCAUCGCUGCGCGCGCUCUCCGCCGCCUCUUCUCCCGGAACCUGAGCCUGGCCGCUGCCGCGCACGUCGACCAGAGAACAAUGGAGCCAAAAAAACUGAGAUGCGGAGUUGCACGAUUUUCCCGAAGAUACCAUCCAGCGGAGCCCACAAGUGAAAGAAAAGAGAACGUCGCAGUUAUCAGUCAGACAACACCGCCACGUCUGCCACGUCAAGAAGAAUCACGCCCGUCGGAUCCGGAACUAGACCUGCCCGACUCACCUCCGGCCGCCCCCGCCCCCGCAACCUCCUCCGGUUCCGCUUCCUCCUCAGGCUCCGCCCCCGCAACCACCUCCGGUUCCGCUUCCGCCUCCGGCUCCACCCCCGCAACCGCCUCCGGUUCCGCUUCCGCCUCCGGCUCCGCCCCCGCAACCGCCUCCGGCUCCGCUUCCGCCUCCGGCUCCGCCCCCGCAACCGCCUCCGGCUCCGCCCGCGCAACCGGCUCCGCUUCCGCCUCCGGCUCCGGCUCCGCGGCGCAGCACCAGCCGUCGCUCGACGACCGGUAG